GGUCAGACUGCAGCAGUGAAGUCAGCACUUUGAGCAUUGGAACACACGACACGUCUCAGAAUUCACACUCUGAUGAGAUUAAUCAGCAUUCGAACAGACAGAAGAUGAAUGGGAGUAUGAGUAUUGAUGCUAGACAAUUGUAUGAUCCCGAUUCUUUGUGGAGACGUACUAAAUGCAAUCUAAGUGUUGGAUACGUCGACAGUUUGGGAAGAUUCGUAACAGAGAUUGAUCCAGAUCCGCAAAGAAAAUACGAGUCAAGAUUAUCGAGAGCAGUGAAGAGAUUCAUACACCUAGAGCAGGAUAAGGCUAAAGAAGAGCUAGCAUGGAAAAUAGCUGAGAUGAUAGUCCGAGAGAUCACCUCCCUGACCCUAGGAGUGCAGGAGUUACGUUCCUAACUAAUUAAAAAUUACCUAGAAUUUAUUCGUUCGUCUGCCUACAUUGAGAAUGCAAUUCUCGUGCCAAAAUUACGAAAGCUGUUAUUUUCAAUCAGCAAGAGUAUUUUUUUAAUUACUUACACACGCGAUUCGAAUUUCAUCCUCAGUCGGAGCUUUUCAAGUGAUUUAAAAAAAAAAAUGAUAAUCAAAUCGUGAAGAGAAUUUUUAUAAGAUAUUUUUCCUACUUAAGUGAGAUUAUUACAUAGUAUUUUUAACGUUUAAGUGUUGAUUGCUAUAAUUUUCCUAGUUCGUGUGGUGCUGAAUUGUUGGGCACUGAUUCAACAACGAUUUGGUGAAAAUUUCUUCCGAUUGCGAAAUGUCUUCAGGCCAUGACAGUGUUCUCUUCGAUGUUUUCGGAACAUUUCUGUUUUAGGACUUUGGUUUUCGUGAAAAAUGUACGGAAAAGUAGUGUUCUGUGACUGUACAUAAUAGACAUGCAUAAUCUUUGUUCAUGAUAUGAUAACUGAGUAAAUAAAAGAUAAUUUUUCACAA